AUGGUCAGAGAUGACCAAUGUGUAUGGUUUCAGACAUGUUCAGAGAUGACCAAUGUGUAUGGUUUCAGACACGGUCAGAGAAGACCAAUGUGUAUGGUUUCAUACAUCAGAGAUGACCAAUGUGUAUGGUUUCAUACAUGCCAUCCCGGUUAUUUUGGCGAAGUUGGAAUGCGAUAUUUUCAUUUGACAAGGAAUAAAUAUCAUUGUCCUACUAUCAACUUGGACAAAAUUUGGUCAUUGGUCAGUGAACAAACUAGAGAAUAUUACAUUGACAAGAAAGAUGGUCCCGCACCUGUUGUUGAUGUUGUCAGAGCUGGCUAUUUCAAAGUACUUGGAAAAGGUCUACUGCCCAAACAACCUGUAAUUGUAAAGGCAAAAUUUUUCAGCGGCAAGGCAGAAGAAAAAAUUAAAGAAGUUGGCGGAGCCUGCAUUCUGGUGGCGUGAAUUAAAUAAAUUAUUCAUUUCAACUUUUAUCUUUGUUUUUAUUUAAUGCGAAUCGUGUAGAGCGCAUUUUCUGCUUGUGUUUGUCGUAAUUUGCAUUAAACUAUCAAUUUUUAAAGAAA